AUGUUUUACAAUACACAUUUUAAUAACAAGAACAAUUUUGAUGUUUUUGUGAGGAAUAGGCUUUCGGAUAACAUGGAAGACCCGGGCUUAGGGGCGAAUUUUGGUUUACACAAUGUGUACGACUUGUGUAAGGCUAAGCCUGCCAGCCCUGAGGAUUCGCAUCCUUGCGUCAACGAACUAAAGUUGAAUUCUGAAGGCGUUUGGGAAUGUGAUAUUCACAUCCCUGUUCAAGCAGGCAAUCAGACCAAUUUGAAGUCUAUAUACAGGAACGAGCCGAAGUUUUCGAAGAAUGCUUUCGGCGUCGGCAACUUAAACAAGGACAUUUCUACUGCUGACACUGAUUUUGAGGAGGACGAGGAGUGCGGUUCUAACUUCAAAAGGGCUCAGCGCAACUUCCCCGGCGGCAAGUUCAUUCCUGUUUUUGGUCACAAAGGCUGCCACUUCCCUCCUGACUACCGCUUGGCAAACUCCAGGGCGGGCCCUCAGUUUCGUUUCGUCGUUCCUGGGGACUCUCACAGACCCGGUUUUCGUCCUUACGUUAACAACCAGUUUUUGCGGCCACACCCGCUCGCCCGGUGGAAUUCUUUGGAGAGGGAGGACGCCGACAGCUGGGACCCGUUCAACUUAAAGGCCAGGCACUUAAACGGCUCCUUUGGGAACAAUGCCACCUUCAAUCACCAUUUAAAUAAUCGAUGGGUUCACGGUAAUCCCUUCGGUCCCUUCAACAGGGAGCUUUUGGUUUAUCCGAAUCCCAAUUUUCAGCCCGGCUCCAGUAAUCAAUUUAACAGAUACUCUUAA